UAUUACUUGAGGCUGUGAGCGAGUGGCUUCGCUCGGAGAAUCCCGAAUGUAGGAUAUUCUCUACUAAAAUGAAUGGCGACUGGGCCGCUUUUACCAAUGCGAAAAUCGUUGCGCAUGGAGUUAUCAUUGUUCACGAGGCAGCCGCCGAUUCACUCCGGCGGUUCCCUGGUUUGCUCAAGCUGCUUUUGCACAAGAGUAGGGCAGCUUACGUCUUUUGGUGUAUUGGAGAGUCACUUCAGCUGUCUCCCGCGUACCCAUCCAUUCGGUCAAUGCAUAACGAGACAGCAAAACCGGGCACAUUUGAGUUGACGAGGUUUUUCCCCCACGGUACCGCAAUUUUGGUCACGCCAAGUUUUCUGGUCUCUGAACCGCGCCGUGCCUUCCAACUCUUUCAGUGGUACAAUAGAACCUAUCAGAAGCCGAACAAUAACCAAAAGAUUGUGGCCGCGGCGAAUAUACGGGAGUAUCUGCGUGAUCUUUCGCACGAGCGGUCCGCCCGUCGGGACGAGUUGAUGGCGGAUGGUGACCUAACGCGCCGGUGGCCAACGUCGAAGCGUGAGGAGAUAGCACGGGUUGCAGGAUUGAGCAAAGAAGAUUGCACAGCUCGAUUUGAGACAUGGGCGAUAGUGGAGGGCCUCCAGCCGGCCAUAGAGACAAGCAUUGUGCCGGAUGAGCAGCUUGAAGCCAUUGUGUUUGCUGACGGAUCUAUCGAUGCCAACGACGAGCAAAGCUUGGUGAAUUGGUUCGGUUGUUGGUCCCAGACUCGUUUCGACCAGUUCCGCAAGUUCCAUGUUUUAGGAACAGAUGGCGAUUCCGACAACAGCCACCUGAUCGAAGACAGCGACAUUCCCGUCUACCCGUUUGGGAUUGGGCGUGAUGUGGGUGCCGAGGCUCAUGGUCCCUGUCAGACCACGUCAGGCUCCGACAAUAACCUUGGACCAGAAAGCAGAGUUAGUAAACUCCUUGGAGGCUUGUCUGCCAACCACUUUAAGAGCAAGUUGAAGUCAAUCGCCAGCCGCCGUGAACGUCCGAGAGCGUGCCCUUUUGGGAAGCUCUUCGGCUUUGCCGUCUCCUAUUACGAAGACGUUGCGAACACGGCUGACUCUUAUGGAGACUUCCAUCGCGACUUCUCAACUUUCGACAAGUGGAUGGAGUGGCCCUGGCCGUUCUUCUCAGUCCAUCAGGAGGGUUUUAAGCCACCGGCGGCCUCCUAUCAUCUGCCGCCGACGUUCAAUACCUACUUCGCCUUUUUCCACACCCCCGAAGAAGACCAUUCAAGGAAGCCGCCACCGCGCUAUCCAUGGCUUGCGAUUUGGCGGGUUCGUGAACCUUAUAACAAAUGGAUGGGAACCGAGCUUAUUAUUUGGGACGUUGCGGCCAAAAAUCGAUAUUCCGCCGCGAACGAGAUCUACGAGUCUCAACUCCUGAAGGCGCAGCAGCACCUCAUACAGAUGGUACGAGAACGAUCUGAAGCCAAACAUCGGGGCCUUCCUCUGCUGGAGGUCUGGCAAGGUGGAUUCGAAACAGAGCCUUCAGAGUAUACAUUGCCAGUCGACGUCACCGUCCAUAACUUGGACGUGAUGAUGUCAGACUGCAAGCUAUAUCUUCCAGCGAUUGACACUCUUCUGCUCCGCAGGGGUUUCCGCAAGAUUAAUCCCGGCGACGCGCCCAUUCGGCAAGAGCGUCAUCCCGCAGACUCUCCAAUGGACAUUGACAUGGUUGGCGGCCAUCGUAAUCAUGGCGGCGAGAGCAAGAUUAUUUUUUACCCGCCCGGGGGAAAUCUGACGGGGCAGAGCAGAUGUGAGAAUUUUUUCUACACUUGGGUGGUGAGCCUUGACAGAAGAAAUCCUCGUUCCGCGUGGCCUUACACGUUCAGACCGACCACGGAGUGGUAUCAGCAGCAGGUUGCCGAGAACAGGCAUUUCGAGCACCUCAACGUUGCCUCCUGGGAGCGGGUGUUUGAACUUAUACGCAUCCUAACCCCGAAGAGCAAGACGGAGUCACGAGAGAGCGACAAAAAGUGAGCAAACGUGGUGUAGUGCAGAUGGAAUAAGCCGUACGAUUGCGAAAUGGAGGAGACACACUUCGGUGUAUCAUUACCCGAGGCCUGAGGAAAAGAGCUUCUGGAUUUGAAGGACGUUGUGUGAUCAAUGUAUUGUAAUAGGCCUGAGACGGAAAGGAUACGCCAGGAAUUAGAGUCUGCGUAUAACAAGGAUCAUAUAGGGAACUAGAAACUUCCAACCCU